UUGACAUCAGUUGACACGUCAUAUGGCGAGUUGCAAAUCGGGAUUGUAAAAGUACGAAUGUAUUAUACGAUUAUAUUGUAAUAUCAAUGGUAUCCUUUUAACAAAAUUGGCGUGGACAAAUUCGAAACGUAAAUAAUGGAUGAAAGUAAUAUUCCUAUUGAUAUUAACAUAGGAAAGCUUCAGGACUGGCUAGUUAGUCGUCGACAUGUGAAUAAAGAAUGGCAAAAGAACAUAAUAGCUGUACGAGAAAAAAUUAACAAUGCAAUACAAGACAUGCCUGUACAUGACGAUAUAGCAACUUUAUUAUCUGGAAGCUAUAUUAAUUAUUUCCAUUGCUUGAAAAUCAUAGAGAUUUUAAAGCAAACUGAAGCGGAUACGAAAAAUAUCUUUGGAAGAUAUGGUUCUCAAAGGAUGAAAGACUGGCUGGAUGUUGUUAAAAGUUAUGAAAAAGAAAAUUUAUAUCUGGCUGAGGCUGCACAGAUGCUUGUUCGGAAUAUUAAUUAUGAAAUACCUAGUUUAAAGAAACAAAUUGCAAAGGAAGAGCAAAUACAAUUGGAUUGUGAGAAAAAACACUUGGAAUAUUUAAAAAAUGAAGCUUCAAGCAAAUCAGAAUUUCUUACGUUAUGCAAACAGUUGGGAAUUGAGGGGAAUAAAAUUAAGAAGGAAUUAGUUGAAAGGUUGCAAGAGCUUCCAGAAUUGUAUGACAAGAUUGGUAAAUCAUUGAAACCGAUAUUACCAGCUAUAGAAUUAUAUUCAGCUUUUACUAAAUAUGUUCUUGGUGAUGAAGCACCGCAAGUGUUGCCGUUAUUGAAAUUUAUGGUGGAACAUGGCAAUACAACUGUUUAUGAAUGGACUUACGGUGAAGCACCACUCAGUGUUGAGCUGGAUCCUAUUCAUAUUGAAGUGGAUGAUGAUAAGGCGGCUGGUGAUCAGAUAGAUUUUGGUGAUGAUGCCAUAGACUUUGGAGCAAUAGACACGUCGGCUAUUGACUUUGGAGAAGGUGAUACUGGCGGAGAGAUUGACUGGGGGAAUAUUGAUGCUGCGCCUACAGAUGUUGAUCUCUCAGCAGAUGUAGCCAACAUAUCUCUGGAGGAGUCCGGCAUUGUGGUAGAGGAGGCUGGGCUGCAGGGCGGGGUGGCCAAGGGCAGGGAGGCUCUCACGUUAUUGGACAAUCCUACCACGAGUAAUCAACUUGUUGAACAACUGCUUGAGUUGGAGUCGUUCCUGAAGAUGCGCGUGUACGAGACGAGCACUGUGGAGCAGACGUUCUCUCUGCUGCAGCAGCUGCCGGCGGAGAGCGAGGCCGCGCUGGGGGGCAUGCUGGGUGCCGUGCAGCGCGCCGCCGCUGACCUCACCGCACCUCAUAUACUGCAUCUACAUAAUGUUAAACAUUCACCCAGAUACGUGGACGUGUUGAGUGGUCAGUUAGAACAGAAGCUGUCAGUGUGCAGCAAGAUGUGCAGGCUGGCGGAGCGCGAGGCGGAGCGCCGGCGCGGGGCGGAGUCGCGCGCUGCGGACCUCCGCCCCCUGCUCGCGAGAAUUAUACAACGCACUAAAGAAUUGCAGGCACAGAUCGAGGCAGACAUUUCUAAGAAGUACAAGGGAAGGCCGGUUAAUGUUAUUGGUGGAGUGAAAUUUCUAUGAGAAUAUAAUAUUUUUGUACAUAUAAUAAAUAUAUGUUUUUUAAA